AUGGUAAUCGCACAAGCAGAGUUUUUCCACCUGCAACAGCGAUGUAUCUAUAAGACCCUUACAGCUGCGUCGGAAAUUCCUAACCUAAAUCUCAAGGAUGACAGUUUUCCCGUGUUACAUAUGGACCAUGUACAUAGCGCUCUUAUAUGUAUCGAUGAUGAAAGCAAGUUCAACCGGAAGACUGGCUUCUAUCUCUCUGAUAUUACGCCCGGCUGUGGAGACGAUGCUGAGCUCCAGGAUGGAAAGUGCGUUGGCAACAUUAAGCCGACCUGCAAGGAUGGAUACACUUACAGUUACGAUUUGGCAUCUCAAACUGGUCAGUGCUGCUCGCCUGGUAUGCACUGGGAUGGGGAAGCUUGCUAUUCCAUUCCCGGCACGGACGGGUGCCCCUCCGACACCACCCAGGGCAAGGACCGCUGUACGAAGCCAUCUGGUGGUCUUGCCUAUUGUCCACCCGAAUUUAGAGAGAGCAAGGGCCAAUGUAUUGGCAAAGGUCCUUUCUGCCCUCCCAUGCUCAACUAUGAACUCAGUCUCAAUGCCUGCGUCGAGUAUGAGGCUCCCGAAUGUUUGGAACCUGGCAGCAAGCUCGAGAACGGCAGGUGUAUUUGGGAGCUCACCCCUGAAUGUCCCAAGGGCUCUCGCCAGGAGGGCAACUACUGUGUUGUGAUAAUCAAGCCCUACUGCGACGGCGAGGACAAAGGAAAAGCGCACUUUGACGGAACCCAGUGUGUUUCCAAUGUGACCCCUGAGUGUGAGGAUCCAAGCGCCAACUUUGACGGCGAGGAGUGUCUUACUGGUCGUAAGCCGGUCUGCAACGAGGCCAAUGGGUUCUUCCUCCAAGUCGGCCGCUGCGUGUCGACAAAGACCUCCGAGUGUCCUGACGGCGGCAAGCUCACUGCAAAGGGCGAGUGUGUUUCCAAGAGAAAGGUCAAGUGUAAGACUGGCGACCUUGUUGGCAAGGAUUUUGUGGGCUAUGACCCGAAGAACGGAGAAUGUUUCUCCAAGCAUGACAAGAUUCGUUGCGACGAUGGCGCGGAGUGGGACCCCAAGAUCCAGACUUGCCUUGGAACCAAGUCCAAGUGUGAAGACGGUACUAGUAUCCCGGAGGGAGGCGAGUGUGUCUCUCAGGAGAUUCCCAGGUGCCCCGAUCCUGAGCGAUUCGAAUUCAACGGUAAGAAGUAUGUGCUCAAGAAGGGCCCUGAUUGCGCCCCGGGCUUCAGACUGCUCAAGGGUGAGUGUGUUUCAGAGAUUGGCCCUGCCUGUGGCUACGGCCAGGUUCCAAAGGAUGGCCGCUGUGUUUUGGUCUCCGGUGACUGCAUGGAGUUUGAGUUCUGUCCUACUUACAAGCCUCUGCGAACAGUGGUUAUCGUUGAAGAGAUAAACCCUGCAAUGGGAAUCAGUGAUUUUGUCUGGGAUGUAGGACAACGCUCCGCCGUUAAGAAUCGCGUCGCGACACGAUGUGCUUCGGAUUCCGGAGAAAAGUGUUAUUUCUCCCGUGCAAUGGUCAUUUUGGUACACGGAAAAUUCCCAGGUUACGUUUGGGAUGGUGUGAUGCUGGUGUUGAAUGGAGGGGAGGGCGUACACUGUGCCGAGGAGGAAGAGAGGGGCGCUGAAGAGAAUUUGCAUGACGUUAACCGUGUGUAG